AUGAGCGACAGCAAGGACAAGGCAGCGGCGCCUGCGCCAGCUGUCGCCUCGGACAGCAAGGUCAACGAGAUCGCCUCUGGAAUGUCAGGGCUCAUGUCGGGCAAGGAGGGUGCGGCCAAGCCUGCUGCGGACGAUGCUUCCGGCGCCAAGGAGGAGGCGAGCGAGUCGAAUCUGCGCGAGUCGUCGCACGAGGUGCAGGUGACGCUGGCGGACCAGCAGGCGGACCCCAACUCGCCGCUGUACUCGGCCAAGAGCUUCGAGGCGCUCGGGCUGCACGACAACCUGCUCAAGGGCAUCUACGCGAUGAAGUACCAGAAGCCAAGCAAGAUCCAAGAAAAGGCAUUGCCGCUGCUGCUGCAGAACCCGGCCAAGAACAUGAUCGGCCAAUCGCAAUCCGGCACGGGCAAGACGGCCGCCUUCAUCCUCACCAUGCUCUCGCGCAUCGACUAUGCACUCAAGAAGCCGCAGGCGAUCGUGCUUGCGCCGUCGCGUGAGCUCGCACGCCAGAUCAUGGACGUGGUGCGCACGAUGUCCAAGUUCACCGAUGUGACCACGUGCCUCUGUCUGCCGGACGAGGUGAAGCGCGGCGAGAAGAUCGAUGCGCAGCUCAUCGUGGGCACGCCAGGCAAGACGUUCGACAUGAUCAAGAGCAAGGGCAUCGAGACGGCGGCGAUCAAGGUGUUUGUGCUGGACGAGGCGGACAACAUGCUGGAUCAGCAGUCGCUCGGCGAGCAGUCGAUCCGCGUCAAGAAUACGAUGCCCAAGACGUGCCAGCUGGUGCUCUUUUCGGCUACGUUCCCGCCCACGGUGUACGACUUUGCGGUGCGCAUCGCUCCGGGAGCCAACGAGAUCCGCCUCAAGCAGGAGGAGCUGUCGGUGGAGGGCAUCAAGCAGUUCUACAUGGACUGCCGCGACGAGAACCACAAGUACGAGGUGCUGGUGGAGCUGUACAAUCUGCUGACGAUUGGGCAGAGCAUCAUCUUCUGCGCCAAGCGCGAGACGGCCGACCGGAUCGCGCAAAAGAUGACCGCCGAGGGACACAAGGUGGACUCGCUGCACGGCAAGCUCGACACGCAGGAGCGCGACCGCACCAUCGACGCCUUCCGCGACGGCAAGAGCAAGGUGCUCAUCUCGACCAACGUGAUCGCGCGUGGUAUCGACAUCCAGCAGGUGACGCUGGUGAUCAACUACGACAUGCCGCUCACCCAGACGGGCGAGGCCGACGCCGAGACCUACCUCCACCGUAUCGGCCGCACGGGCCGAUUCGGCCGCAAGGGUGUUUCGAUCAACUUUGUGCACGACCAGCAGAGCUGGACUUACAUGGAUCAGAUCGAAAAGGCGCUCCAGUGCCAGAUCACGCGUGUGGCCACCAACGAUCUCGAGGAGAUGGAGUACACCAUCAAGGAGGCGCUCAAGCAGAUUGCCAACAUCCUCAACGCCGGCUUCGUCUCCAGCAUCUCGCAUCAAUCCUUGCGCAUCAGUCCCUUGCUGCCGCACACUUAUAUGAGCCUAACCCGAUCGACUCUUCGUUCGGUUACGUUCAACUCGACCCAAGUCGCCCACGUCUUCAAGCGCACCAGCAGCUUUUCGCAUCCGACACUCCGAGCCUACUACUCUACGCACUCGCGCUCCAACCGACCUCGAACCAUCCGGGCCACCGCACCUUUCGCAGCGCUUUCUGCCGUCUCGCUUCGCAACCAAUCCACCACCUCGCACACUUCCGACAACAUGACUGAGCACGCCAACGGUACCAACGGCACCGCCUCGUCGUCCAGCGGCAACAAGGUCCACAAGGUCGUCAUCAUCGGCUCCGGCCCUGCCGGUCACACCGCCGCCAUCUACCUGGCGCGUGCCAACCUCGAGCCCGUGCUCUUCGAGGGCAUGCUCGCCAACGGCCUCGCCCCUGGCGGACAGCUCACCACCACCACCGACGUCGAGAACUUCCCCGGCUUCCCCGAUGGCAUCCGUGGUCCCGAGAUCAUGGACAAGUUCCGCGCACAGUCCGUCCGCUUCGGCACCGAGAUCCACACCGAGACCAUCUCCAAGCUCGAUCUCUCGUCGCGCCCCUUCAAGUUCUGGCGCGAAUAUGCCGAGGACCAGGCGCCCGAGCUCACCGAUACCCUCAUCAUCGCCACCGGUGCCAGCGCCAAGCGCAUGCACCUUCCGGGCGAGGACACCUACUGGCAGAGCGGUAUCUCGGCCUGUGCCGUCUGCGACGGUGCCGUGCCCAUCUUCCGCAACAAGCCGCUGGUCGUCGUCGGCGGCGGUGACAGCGCGGCCGAGGAGGCCAUGUACCUCACCAAGUACGCCUCGCACGUGCACGUGCUCGUGCGCAGAGACGAGCUGCGUGCGUCCAAGAUCAUGGCCAAGCGUCUGCUGGCGCAUCCCAAGGUGACGGUGCACUUCAACACCGUGCCCACCGAGGCCAAGGGUGACGGCGAGCUGCUCAAGGCCGUGCGCGUCAAGGACACCAAGACGAGCGAGGAGCGCGACAUGGACGCCAACGGCCUCUUCUACGCCAUCGGCCACUUGCCCGCCACCUCGCUUGUCAAGGGCCAGGUCGACCUCGACAGCGACGGCUACAUCAUUACCACCCCAGGCACCGCCCAGACCUCGGUCAAGGGUGUCUUUGCCGCCGGAGACGUCGCGGACAAGAAGUACCGCCAGGCCAUCACCAGUGCCGGCACCGGCUGCAUUGCUGCGCUCGAGGCGGAGCGCCUGCUCGCAGAGGAGGAGGUGCUCGACCCCGUCGACGCCGCCCAGGCCAACCACUACACUGGCACGGACAAGGAGUAA